GGGGCAGCGACGGCGCCGGGCAGCGGGAGCGGCGGCCGCGCCAUGUGGCUGCUGGGGCCGCUCUGCCUGCUGCUGAGCAGCGCCGCGGAAACAAAAUGUGAUAUAUCUUCAAGCGCCUGACUUUAAAGUGCUUGGCUCAUUCUUUGCAAGAAAAUGUGGUCCUGGACUUCCCUGGUGGUACAGUGGAGUCCCUGGUCUGGGAAGGUUCCACAUGUCGCAGAGCAGCUAAGCAUAUGUGCCACAACUACUACAGCCCACGUGCCCAAGAGCCCAUAGACCACAACUACGGAGCCCACAUGUUGCAACUACUGAAGCCCGUGGGCCUAGAGCCUGUGAUCCGCAGCAAGACCAGCCACCACAAUGAGAAGCUGCCGCACUGCAAUGAAGAGUAGCCCUUGCUUGCUGUGACUAGAGAAAGCCCGUGCAUAGCAAAGAAGACCCAGGGCAACCCUAAAUAAAUUAAUCAGAUGCCGCUUAUAUUGAUGAAUGUUACUUUCUGGCCACACCACUGCCUCUAGAUGCCAUCACAUGUGUGGUUGCAACUUGAAAGCGUUAUCCUGGUAGAAGAAGGCGAGAGCCAGCUGCUCCCCGGGAACAACUUCACCAACGAGUGCAACAUUCCAGGCAACUUCAUGUGCAGCAACGGGCGGUGCAUCCCCGGUGCCUGGCAGUGUGACGGGCUGCCCGACUGCUUCGACAAGAGUGACGAGAAGGAGUGCCCCAAGGCUAAGUCAAAAUGUGGCCCGACCUUCUUCCCGUGUGCUAGCGGCGUCCACUGUAUCAUCGGCCGCUUCCGGUGUAACGGGUUUGAGGAUUGUCCAGACGGCAGCGAUGAAGAGAACUGCACAGCAAACCCUCUGCUGUGUUCCACUGCCCGCUACCACUGCAAGAACGGCCUCUGCAUUGACAAGAGCUUCAUCUGCGACGGGCAGAAUAACUGUCAGGACAACAGUGACGAGGAAAGCUGUGAGAGUUCUCAAGAACCAGGCAGCGGGCAGGUGUUUGUGACCUCGGAGAACCAGCUCGUGUACUACCCCAGCAUCACCUACGCCAUCAUCGGCAGCUCCGUCAUCUUCGUGCUGGUGGUGGCCCUGCUGGCGCUCGUCCUGCAUCACCAGCGGAAGCGCAACAACCUCAUGACGCUGCCGGUGCACCGGCUGCAGCACCCCGUGCUGCUGUCCCGCCUAGUGGUCCUGGACCACCCCCACCGCUGCAACGUCACCUACAACGUCAACAACGGCAUCCAGUACGUGGCCAGCCAGGCCGAGCAGAACGCGUCGGAAGUGGGCUCCCCGCCCUCCUACUCAGAGGCCCUGCUGGACCAAAGACCCGCCUGGUACGACCUUCCUCCGCCACCCUACUCUUCAGACACUGAGUCCUUGAACCAAGCCGACCUGCCCCCUUACCGCUCCCGCUCCGGCAGUGCCGACAGCGCCAGCUCCCAGGCAGCCAGCAGCCUCCUGAGCGUGGACGCCCCCGGCCACAGCCCGGGGCAGCCUGGCCCGCAGGAGGGCACCGCUGAGCCCAGGGACUCCGCGCCCAGCCAGGGCACCGAAGACGUAUAAACUCCGGCUCUUCCAAAGUCUCCAUGGGUUCAUCUGCUCUGACUUUGACUGUCCUAACAACUUGCGCUUACGGGAAGCUCCUCGGGGUCCCUCAAGGAGUGAUUUGGAGUGUCAGCUGUCUCUCCAUUCACCUCCUUGCCCAGAUUUCAGGAAUGUUCUUUGGAGGGCGACCUGCCUUGUUCUGGCCUCUGAGUUGACCUGUUGUAUGGUGCAUCUUUUCUGGGCAAUUAUUCUUCCCUUGAGGCCAACGAUCACAGCCUCACCCUCCACGUCAUUCUUCUGUUACUGUUGGAAUCUUGCUGAGGCGGUGGCGUAAGUUUGCAGGUGGCGGGAGAACGUGGUACUUAAGUACUGAGAAAGCAGUGUUUGUGUCAUGUGGGAUGUUCAGAAGGGCAGAGGAGACUGGACCAAAUUCUGUGUGGGCUGUGACCUUAGAGCUCCACCUGGGGAUUUGGGUUGGGUGAUCCUCCCAGGAGGCUGUCAUUGGAUGUUGCACGAAGCUGCACGUUGCUCUUGGGUCAGCAGAGGCUGGGGCCAAAGAAAACUGUUGCUGGGAGUAACGUCCUUCAGAAGUCAGCAGUGUCAUUUUGGUUUUCUGAAGGACUCUGAAACCAUCAAUUCUGGAGAGAUUCUGGAUUUAACAAUUUGCCCAAGAAUCCUCAUUUUGAGAGCUUUUUCCAGCAUCAUAUAUCAUCAGCCUCAUCCCAGAAUAAGGAGGGAGCCCCCACCACUAGUUUAUCUGAGUUCUCAGCUCCUAAAAUACAGGCUGCCAAGAACCGGGGUCUGCUUUGGUCCACAGCCCUUUCCCUGGUUUCUGAUCAUCACCCUCCCAGCUGUGACCUGCCUUAGCCCAGGGAUGAGGACUAAACCUGAGUUGGCCAGAAAUCUGAUCUGGUCCUUUUGUCCCUGUAAACCAUGCCCAGCCUGCCUUGCCCAUUCAUGCAGCUUCAACCCUCACCUCCCCAGUCCCCCCAGACACUCAGAAGUCAUUCUACCUGUGCAGUCGGGCUUGAGGACACUGUGGGUUUCUAAUUCACAUGAAAACCUAAUUCAGCACCCGCCGCGAGAGCUCCGCAUUCCUGGGCGGCACUCACCACCCCCCCAACUUCCCAAGGCCCAGCCAGAUAGAUACCAGCACCAAGGUUUAGGAUUAGGGUCAGAGCGAGAAUCAGACCUCUCCAGACAUCCCAUAGUUUCUUCUCUGAGAGACAUGGAUAACAGACAGUUUGGAGUCAAGAUUUGCCAUUCGGACUCUUUUUAUAUAUAAUCUCUUAGAAAUGCAUUUGAAACAGUGUGUUUGUUUUUUCCCUUCUAGUUAAGGGACUAUUUAUAUGUGUAUAGGAAAGCUGUCUUUUGUUUGUUUUUCCAUUAGCGAGGUCCAAGCAAAGAUGCACAAGAUCACACCUUUGUCCCGCUGAGCUCUAAUAACCAGUCCCCCCGCCCCCAGACGGCCCUGUGUGCCAGGCGUCUGUGCAUUGUUGCACUUUGAGUUUUUAUUUAUCGAGUUCGUGAAGGAUGCAGAAAGACCAAUGCCUUUCUCCCUCAGUUCAUGGUCUCUGUGUUCAGGCUCGCUUUCCUUUCUCCCUGCCCAGCCAGCCACAGCGCCCACCCCCUCAGGAAGUCAUGGGUGGAAAUGUAGAUGUUAUUUGUCAAGAAACCACACUGACUAACCGGGGGGCGGGGGACAAAACUGGAACCAGGUGGAGCCACUCGGGGCAGCUGUCAUGCAGACCUGCUUCCCACAUGCUCAGUAACUUCUUUGAUGCUAAUUCAAACAGAGCCUGCAGGAGCAGGGAUGAAGUGGCAUUCAGUGAUCCUGUUCUGUAGACGAUUUUUUUUUUUCUAACCAAAUUCAAAGUGUGCUACAGGAAAGCUAGCCACUUGGUGAUUUUCAAGUUAAGAAAAGAAACCUAGUUGCUCACUCUUUUCGUUUUUAAAAUAACACGCGUUAUUUUCUGAGUAGUCCAGUGCAGAGAGAACUUUAAGUGGCAGCCGGAGUGUGUGAGGAGCUCUGGCUGAUCACUUCCUCUCACAUGAGUCACACUGUCUUCAUUUCUCCCCUUGGUGGGCCCCUGCUUCUUUCUGGUGCUCUGGAAAUUGUUUAGAGGAAAGGAUUCUAAUUUUAAUUAAUUGUGCAGUGAAUUAAUUUCACGCGCUUUUCAGCUUCCAGGCAUCUUAGAAAGGACAAAUGGUCUUAGUCGAUAAGAAGAGCCUCUUAAUGUUGUUUUUUAAAAUAAACACAGGGACAUUUUUAUUAUAGAUUUGAUUUUUUUAAAUGGUGGGUUUUUUAAAAAAGAUAUAAAUAGGACACCAAAGCAGCAGAGUUUUGCUUUUUCCCCUACUUAAGAUAGCAAAUAAGUGGCCAGCAUUAUUUCUUUUACUCAUUCCAACGAGGAUAUUUUUUUUUAAUACAUGGCAUAAAUCUGUGCCAACCAGAAAACCACCUCUGCUCCCUUUUCUCAAAUAAGAUCAGCAUUUAUUUUAGCGUUGAAAUUGUUCCACUGUGAUCACUUAUCACUUGCCCUCAGUCCCUUUACUUUGAAAUUGACAUUUUUAAAAAACACAAGGAAGUGGUUAAUAAAUAGCAUGUGACAUUCAAAGUUGAUGUAAACUGGAAAGGUUAUGUGUGGUUGCUUUUUUGAUUGGAUUUUUUUUUUAAUUUUUAUACUUUCAAAUAAAUCUGCAGUUUCAUUCUU